AUGCUGUCCAGUCCAGCUUCCCAUGGAUGCGUCUUCAGCUAUGCUGGGCAGCAUUGGAGAAGCAAUCAACAUCCCACCCUCACUUUUUCGGAAGCGGGUGUGCGCAAGAAUGGUGAAGCAGUCACCUUUUCGGCAGAUGUUCAACCUCUGUGCUCCCAACAGUCGAGUGCGGCAGUAGAGCUGAAAGUCAGCUUUUUGGACAAGAAUGGGGUCCGGUCGACGACAGGACAAGCACCACUCGACAGGUGUGUCUGGACCUUCGGCGCAGAUAUGGGAAUGCGGAAGUUGACCACCGGACCUCUAUCCAACUAUGGAUAUGUGUUUAGAUGUGGCAACAGUGAGUGGAGAAGCAAUCGAAAUCCGAACUUGACCUUGGCUGAUGCUGGCGUGGCGGAGGGCGAUUCAGUGGACUUUCUCGGAGACUUUGAGCCACCUGCUUCUGCCGGCCCGAUACCGUUGGUGGAGGUGCAUGUCACCCUUGUCAGCAAAGACAAGAAGGAGACUUCGACUCACAAGACCACACUGGACAAAGGAGUUUGGAGAUUCGGUGAAGAGCAAGCCGCGGUCAGGAACCUGAUGACUAGCUCGCUGUCCCGUUUUGGAUACAUCUUCCACUUUGGAGAACAGGCGUGGAGAAAAGGUCAUCACCCCGACUUGACCUUGGCUGAUGCAGGAGUGAAAGAUGGCGACGUGGUUGAGUUUACAGGUGACUUCGAGGCGCUUUAG